AUGAAUGGAGGAGGAUUUUCAUCGAAUUUGCCAAUUAUGGAUGGGAAGAACUGGGAGAGGUGGUAUGCAUCAAUGAGAUCGUUGUUGGGAGCUCAAGAAGUGUUUGAGAUUGUUCAAGAUGGAUAUGAACAACUUGAUGAAUGCAGAUCCAAGAAAGUACAAAGAGUUGGUGGUGAAGCUCAAUUAGCCCAGGCAGACAGUUCUGACUCAGAUGAAGUGCUGCUGAUGGCAUCUACAAGCAUGGAGGAUGACUGUCCAGGAUUAUGGUAUCUAGACACAUGGUGCUCGAAUCACAUGACUCGCCAUAAAGAGUGGUUUGUAAGCAUUAAUGAUAAGGUGAAAAGGGAGAUCAGAUUUGCAGAUAACAGUUAUGUAACAGCAGAAGGAAUAGGAGAAGUGUUAAUUCAAAGAAGAGAUGGUAAACAAUCAUUCAUAUGUGAUGUGUUGUAUGUGCCAAACAUGAAGAACAAUCUGUUAAGCCUUGGACAACUGCUUGAAAAGGGGUAUUCUAUGAAGAUGGAGCAGGGUGAAAUGAGAUUGUUUGAUGAUUCAAGAAGAUUGAUCUUGAAGGCACCACUAUCAAAAAAUAGAACCUCAAGAUUGAUAUCCAGAUCAAUGAGAGCAAAUGUCUAG